UUAAUUGAUCUGAACAUGCGUAGUACUAGUGAAGGAGGAAGAGCCUAUGAAGACAGAUUUCUGGGGAUGAUCCAGCUUUUACUCAGUUUUACUACAAGCACAUUGUACAAACAGAUUUUGGACACGGUCAGACGGGAGAAGAGUUUCAAAAUGGCGGCCAGCGAUAGCGACGAUUCACUUUAUCCUAUUGCAGUGCUCAUUGACGAGUUAAGAAAUGAAGAUGUGCAGCUUCGACUGAACAGCAUCAAAAAGCUGUCGACCAUAGCCCUCGCUUUGGGUGUGGAGAGAACACGGAGUGAACUGAUUCCAUUCCUUACAGACACAAUCUAUGAUGAAGAUGAGGUGCUGCUGGCCCUUGCUGAGCAGUUAGGUAACUUCACACCAUUGGUUGGUGGCCAGGAGCAUGUCCACUGUCUGCUGCCCCCGCUGGAGAGCCUCGCCACUGUUGAGGAGACAGUGGUACGAGACAAGGCUGUGGAGUCCCUCCGCAAGAUCGCAGGAGACCACUCCUCAGCAGAUCUGGAAGCACAUUUUGUACCCCUGGUCAAACGACUGGCACAGGGUGACUGGUUCACAUCAAGGACAUCGGCAUGUGGUCUCUUCAGUGUGCCAUAUCCACGGGUUUCCAGCACAGUGAAAGCUGAACUAAGAACAAAUUUCCGUAACCUGUGUGGGGAUGACACCCCCAUGGUGCGGCGUGCGGCUGCAGGGAAGAUGGGGGAGUUUGCCAAAGUGCUGGAGCUGGAGUACCUGAAGUCUGACCUCAUCCCCCUCUGGACCAACCUGGCCAGUGACGAACAGGUACAAAAUGACUCCGUGCGUCUGCUUGCUGUGGAAGCCUGUGUCAGCAUUGCCUCCAUCCUGCCCCCGGAGGACCUGGAGACCCUGGUCAUGCCCACACUCAAAAAUGCUGCUGAAGACAAGUCCUGGAGAGUCAGAUACAUGGUGGCCGACAAGUUCACAGAGCUCCAGAUGGCAGUGGGCCCAGAGAUUACCAAGAAAGAACUUGUGCCAGCAUUCCAGGGUCUGCUGAAGGACUGUGAGGCAGAGGUACGGGCUGCCGCUGCAAACAAAGUCAAAGAGUUUUGUGAGAACCUGCCAGAAGAUAUCAGGGAAGCCACCAUCAUGACAAGCAUCCUUCCAUGUGUCAAGUGGUCAUUCUCAUUGCAGGAUUUGGUGUCUGAUGCUAACCAGCAUGUCAAGUCAGCCCUGGCCUCUGUCAUCAUGGGCCUGUCUCCCAUCCUGGGCAAGGACAAUACUGUAGAGCACUUGCUGCCACUGUUCCUGCUUAUGUUGAAAGAUGAGUGUGCAGAGGUGCGGUUGAACAUCAUCUCCAACCUGGACUGUGUGAACCAGGUGAUCGGGAUCCACCAGCUGUCCCAGUCCCUCCUGCCCGCCAUCGUGGAGCUGGCUGAAGACACCAAGUGGAGAGUGAGACUGGCCAUCAUCGAGUACAUGCCGCUGUUGGCUGGACAACUGGGGGUGGAGUUCUUUGAUGAGAAACUGAACAGUCUGUGCAUGUCAUGGCUGGUGGACCAUGUGUAUGCCAUCAGGGAAGCUGCCACCAACAACCUGAAGAAACUGGUGGAGAAAUUUGGGGCAGAAUGGGCACAGUCAACCAUCCUGCCCAAGGUGGUGGGUAUGGCUCAGGAUCCCAACUAUCUACACAGGAUGACAACUCUCUUUUGUAUCAAUGUUUUAGCAGAUGUGUGUGGCAAUGAGACCACGAUGAAGGUCCUCCUGCCAGUGGUUGUAAAGCUGGCUGCUGACGCUGUCCCUAACGUCCGCUUCAAUGUCGCCAAAACCAUCCAAAAGAUUGGAAGUCAAUUUGAUGCGACUACUAUAAACAAUCAGUGCAAGCCAUGUCUGGAGAAACUCCAAUCAGACCAGGACUACGAUGUCAAGUACUAUGCCCAAGAGGCCAUGAGUGUCUUGUGCGACGCAGCUUGAUGAAAGGGAGUGGGAGGGGUGAGAUGUAAGGAGCUACCAUGCAGCUGUGAUGCUAAGAGGAGGCUUAUCUACACCAGAAUUUGGUCGUCACAUUUGUGAAUUGUACACCAUUCUACUGUAAAAGUGUCACUAUUCUAAUAUAAAUACAUCCGAACGUGUCACUUGUAGAGACAUGUUGACUCUAACUUGCAGAUUUGCAGAUCCUGUGUUUUGGUUGUGAUCAGUAUGUAUUCAUUUCUCUCAAAAUGUCAUUGGAAAUACUAGGAACUCGUUUUCUUAUGUACAGUCUGCCUUUCCUUUAUACUAUAAUGCAACAUUAUCCUUUUUUUUUGGCCUUCCUAUUUUACAUGUUCAACAUGAUGU